AUGCGUCGGGCGACUGUGCACGCUUUCCGUACUGCUAGGCGCGCCCCAGUAUGGAAAGUUGCCGGUAAACGGCCGAGUCCGCUCUCUUUCACCCACAACCAGGUACGAGGCCUACGGCCAUACUCCGGCGGUCGACGUCCAUCCUACAUCCCAGCGGGUCUGCAAUCCUCCAUGCAACUCCGCAACUUUUCCCUCGCCGUGAUUUCGGGCGUGGUCGCUUCCGGGGCGUGGUAUGCGUAUCAGGGUGACGGCGCUCAGUCAUUAGCAACACAGGUUCGAGGAUUCGCCUCCAGCGCGAUCACAUCUGCCCACGCCGAGGGCCCUUCAGACCCGGCACGCCGCGCUCUUUGGGUCAGCAACGACCAAUUCUACACCGCGACGAUCUCCGGAGACCAACCGCUUUCGAAAACGACCGACGAUUCGGAACGGCGCAUGUUGAACAUGUUGACGCCAGAGCAAGCUACCGAGCAGCUGAGAAAGCACGAGGAAUCUUAUUUGGUCAAUCGUGGCAAGGGAGUUGUUCGAUACGAUAUUGUUCAGGUUCCCAGCAACUCGCCGAUCGAGGACGACCAUGCUGAACUGAUUGUUGAAGUGCCGUCGACAGUGGCAGCUAGUAAGAACGGAGAAUCCAGCAGUGACUGGUCUUUCUGGGCAGUAUUUGACGGCCAUUCGGGCUGGACCACAUCUGCCAAGCUCCGCAACGUACUCAUCUCCUAUGUUGCGCGGGAGCUUAAUGCCACAUACAAAGCUGCAGCCACUGACCCGUCCGUGUUGACACCCUCAUCAGAGGCUAUCGAUGCUGCUAUUAAACAGGGAUUCGUUCGUCUUGACCAUGAUAUUGUGAACGAGAGUGUCGAUAAGGUCCUCAAGUCCAAGUCGAAGCGCAUGGCCGCGGAGCUUCUUGCGCCCGCCCUCUCGGGAUCCUGUGCCCUACUUAGCUUCUACGACUCCCAGUCCAAUGACCUGAAGGUUGCAGUUGCAGGCGACUCCCGCGCCGUUCUUGGUCGUCGCGGCCCCAGCGGAAAAUGGACUGCCACAGCGCUUUCCGAGGAUCUGACUGGUGGCACCCCCUCUGAGAUCAAGCGUCUGCAAGAAGAGCACCCUGGUGAGCCCUAUGUGACUCGUAAUGGCCGUAUUCUGGGCCAAUUGGAACCUAGCCGGGCCUUUGGUGAUGCUGUCUACAAGUGGAGCAAAGAAAUCCAAGACAAGAUUAAGGGCCAGUUCUUUGGUCGCACUCCCUCCCCACUCCUCAAGACGCCCCCUUAUGUCACUGCUGAGCCUGUCGUUACUACCACCAAGAUUGAUCCCUCCAAGGGUGACUUCGUUGUCAUGGCCACUGAUGGCCUGUGGGAGAUGCUGAGCAACGAGGAAGUUGUUGGCUUGGUCGGUCAAUGGAUCGAGCAGCAGCAGUCUGGUGCUGGGUCCAGCAAGGCCUGGCUCCAGGGUUGGUUCUCUUUCGGCGGCCAGAAGCACCUACCUGUUGAGGCAGCUGGCGACGUGUCCACCGCAGGCCAGCGCCGCCCAAUUCGCCAGCAGCAGUAUGAUAUUUCUGGUGCUGAGGACCGAUUUGUGGUUGAGGACAAGAACGCUGCCACCCAUCUUGUGCGCAAUGCCAUGGGAGGCAAGGAUAAGGACAUGCUGUGCGCCUUGUUGACUCUUCCUAGCCCUUACUCUCGCCGAUACCGUGACGAUGUCACCGUUGAGGUCAUCUUCUUCGGCCAGGGUCCCGAUUCUCGUACCGUUGAACUCAACAAGGAAGCCAGUGCCGCAGAACAGACCCCUAAGGCUAAGCUUUAA